AUGAAAGUACUUUAUUUACUUGUAAUAUUAUUGGUAGUAGUUGGACUCUGUCUUGGUGGAAAGGACUAUUACGAAGUUCUUGGUGUGUCUAGAGACUCAUCACCAUCAGAGAUUAAACGUGCAUACCGUAAACUAUCACUACAAUACCAUCCAGACAAGAACCCAACUCCAGAAGGUCAAGAAAAGUUCCUCGAGAUGACCAAAGUCUACGAAACACUCUCUGACUCUGAAAAGAGAAGAAUCUACGAUCAACACGGAGAAGAAGGUUUGAAUAGACAAAAUGGUGGAGGUGGUCAAGACUUUGGUGACUUCUUUUCAAAUAUAUUCAGAGGAUUUGGAGGUGGUGGAGGUGGUGGACAUCAACAACAACACCAAGCACAACCAAGAGGAGCCGAUAUAGAAUUGGAUUUAGAAGUAACACUCAAAGAUCUCUAUCUUGGACGUACCUCUAGAGUCACUCAUAUGAAACAAAUCCUUUGCCAAAAGUGUAGAGGAACUGGUGCAAAGAAGGCAAGCGAUGUAAAGACAUGUACUGGAUGUCAAGGUUCUGGUAUCAAGGUUAGAGUACAACAAUUGGGUCCAGGUUUUGUUCAACAAGUUCAACAAGUAUGUGACGAAUGUGGAGGUAAGGGUAAAAAGGUAGCUAGCAAGUGUCCACAUUGCAGCGGUAAGAAGGUUGAAAUUGGUGAAGAAACUUAUACCGUCAUCGUUGAAAAGGGUAUGCACAAUGGUCAACAAAUUAAACUCGAUCAAUUAGGAGAGGAAUCACCAGACAUGACACCAGGAGAUGUUAUUUUCAGAAUCGUUGAGAUUCCACACUCUAAAUUCCGUCGUGAAGGCGAUCACUUGCAUCAUAAUCUAAGUAUUACUCUUUUGGAGGCACUCACUGGAUUCGACAAGACUAUUACUCAUCUCGAUAAACACAAUGUACGUGUUCAAAGUGGAGAUAUCACUAUCCCAGGACAAGUCAUCGAGGUCUUGGAAGAGGGUAUGCCACACCAUCAAUACCCAUCUCAAAUGGGUAAUCUCUAUGUUCACAUAACUGUCGAUUUCCCAAAGGAUUUGACAAACGACCAGAAAGAACCAAAACAAAAAUCAAUUACUAACAAUAAUAAUUCAUGUCUCUCAAAUCUUUCAUCAAUCAUUCAUACUCAAUUUUAG